UACGCAGUAAUUUCACAUAGCAUAUAGUCUUAAGUCGACAACGAAGCGUAAACAUUGCUGGGCGUUGUGUUGUGUAAUUAGAUCUUCCGUGAACUUUAAUUCCAUGAACCCAAUUGCAAUAAGUUAUUAAAAAAGUAUUAGUAUUGUGUGAGAGUAUCAGUAAGAAUAGUACUGAUUAUUCUAGACGCGUGCGCGAACGUGGCCGUAUGUGCGUGCGCGGGCACGCAUGUGUAUGUGUUCUUUGGUUUAUCUAUCUCAUUGUCAAGUGUAUUAUAACGUAAAGUGAUAUCUUUCCGCGAAUUUCAUACAAGCCAAAGAAAUUGAUUAAUGAGAUUUUUUAAAAUCGCUUGAACAAAUCCGUUUCCUGCGCCGACAGAAUUAUCAUGUCUAAUCACUCUCCAUUAUUUCUGUUUAUAUUAAUGAUUUUUAUCGCUUUUGCGAGUUUGACGUUUGCGUGUAAUAAUGAAAAUUCGCACGACGUUUCCGCGCGGUAUCGAUUACCUAAGAACAUCGUUCCUAUAUCCUACGACCUAUCGAUCUACACGCAUCCCGUCGACGCGGAUUACAAUGGUCACGUACGGAUCAUCUUGCGAGUGCUCGAGAAAACAGAUUUCAUCGUGCUGCACGUGGAUGCAUUAAGAAUACAAGCAAAUGCAUCUUUAUCGGAUAGAUCGGGUCGGUUGACUCGGAUUUUGCGUUACACUCACGACGAAGGAACACACAUGCUUACGAUUAAACUCGAGCGUGCACUAAGUCCUGCACAAUACACGUUAGAAGUAUCCUUCAAAGGACGCAUCGCAAAUGAUGUAUUCGGCUUUUACGCAAGUCUGUACGAAGUUGAUGGCAAACUGAGACGAAUUGGCGUAACGCAAUUUUCACCCACAUACGCACGUCGCGCAUUCCCUUGUAUGGACGAGCCGUAUUUGAAAGCGGAAUUCCAAUUGCAUAUUGGCCACCAUAAGGACCAAAAAGCGACGAGCAAUACUCCAGUGGAGUCGAUACGAACAGAAAAUGAUACCUACCACGUGACCACAUUUCGCCGCACGCCGCGAAUUUCCACAUACUUGGUAGGAUGGACGGUUCAUAAUUUUGUCGUGGAACGAUCAAGGAUUUCGGAGGACUUCAAGAUGUGGACGCGAGACUCCAUGAAGCUUCGCGGAUCGACAGCCUUGAAUCGCGGUCAGGCGGUUUACUCGGCGCUGCAGACGUGGCUGGUGGUGAAAAGCCCGCUCGUGAAGGUCGAUCAAUUCGCAAUACCGGAUUUCAAUUUCAACGCGAUGGAAAAUUGGGGCCUCAUCACUUACCGAGAGUCCGUAGUGCUGCACGAGCACGGGACUCCGACGAGAAAAUUGGUGGAUGGACUCUCAACGAUGGCUCAUGAAUACGCUCACAGUUGGUUCGGCAAUCUGGUGACGCCCGAAUUUUGGGACGUCGUCUGGUUGAAGGAGGGCUUCGCCACGUAUUUCCAAUACUUUGGCGUGUCUUUGGCGGAACCGGAUCUGAGAAUGAUGAAUGUAUUCGUAGUAGAUUGCCUGCAGCCAACAUUACUCGCAGAUUCCGACAAUCAUACGCGCACAUUAAACGGCCGAGAGGUCGGGAGCCGCGAUAGCAUUAUGGCUACGUUGGAUUUCGUCUCUUAUAAAAAAGGUGCAUCCAUAAUUCGCAUGAUUAAUCAUACUAUUGGAAGUAUAGCAUUCCAAUUAGGUCUACAAAAUUAUUUGCGCGAGAUGUCGUAUCAAGCAGCCACUCCAUCUGACUUAUAUCGACACUUGCAAACUGCAUUAAAUAAAUCAGAGCAAUUAUACAGACAAAUAUCUAUAAAAGACAUUGUAGAAUCCUGGGCAAACCAGCCAGGAUAUCCUUUGGUGAUCAUUACGCGAAAUUAUACGACGAAGACCCUCUUUGCCUCGCAAGAACGAUUUUAUCUCAACCGUCAAGCAGAGCAAUUAGAUUCCGAAAAAUCGGGUUGGUGGAUACCGUUAACCUUCGUUACCGAAAAAUCGAAUUCCGUAUCUGAUCGAACCACUACGGCUGUCUGGUUGAAGCCACAGGACAAGAGCACGAUAAUUGGUUCAGUCGAGACGAAUUCCUGGGUGAUUUGUAAUAUCCAGCAAAUUGGAUAUUAUAGAGUCAAUUAUGAUAAGAAUAAUUGGGAAAUGCUUACUCAUUACUUAAAGUUGAAGAAUUUCAAGAAAAUACAUGUGAUAAAUAGGGCUGCACUUCUAGAUGACGCCUUUAAUCUAGCUAGAGCCGGUUACGUGGACUAUUCCAUUCCAUUUACUCUUGCGAGAUAUCUCACUCGCGAAACCGAUUAUGAACCAUGGGUUGCUGCGGUAAAUAAUUUCAAUUUUCUCAAUCACGUUUUAGCCUGUUCACCGCGUGUACAACGACUUUUUCAGAAUUAUGCAAAUCGCUUGCUUAAACCAAUAUACGGUCUAUUAAGCUUUGUGGAAAAUUCCGUGGACAGUUCAAUAGCGAAACUCCAUCGCGAAUUGAUUCUAUCUACUGCAUGCUCGGUCAACAACGUCCACUGUUUAAAGACAUCAAAAGCUCUAUUUAAUUCGUGGAUUUUAUCUGAGAAAAGCACAAUACCAGCAAAUCUCAAGAGUUUCGUGUAUUGCGUGGGCAUUCGCACGGGCAAUGAUAAUGAUUGGCACACAGUUUGGAAGAGAUUUCUGCGCACUGACUUACAUGCAGAGCAGGAACUCUUACUGAGUGCACUCGGAUGUACUAAAACUCCUUAUUUAAUCGACAGAUAUCUCAGUACGUCCAUGACACAUGAACUCAAACUUCGCAAACAAUACAGGAUGACAAUAGUCAAUGCCGUUUUAAAUGGCAAUCCCGAAAACGUUAUUUAUGUCAUUCGUUUUAUUUACAAUAAUUUGCAUACAAUUCUUGAACUGAGAGGAAUAGAUUUCUUAACCAAAAUACUUACUGCUAUAGGCGAUAAAGUUAUUACGGAAAUUCAAUUAAACCAGCUUCGCUUAUUUGUGGAUGAAAACAUUGAACACUUAGGGUCAGCAUUGAAUUCAGCAAAGAAAGCCAUAACUGUGUCUACUUUAUCCGUAAAAUGGAUCAAUAAAUUUUUACCUGCUAUCGAAAAAUCAUUGUUAUUUAAUUAUUAUCGCGUUAUCAGCGGUACAAUGUUAACGAUGAGAUCCUUGUUGUCAUUGCUGCUUCUUCUAGCAGCUUGCUGGGCAAGCGAUCCUACUUAUGAUGACGUACCUCCUCAGUUUAUUCAAGAAAGUGUAGACAACUAUAGAUUACCAAGCGAUGUCAUACCUAUUGAAUAUAACAUCAAAUUGGUGCCAACUUUCGAGUCCGAAAAGGACAAUUUUACUUUCGAAGGAAAUUCUGAGAUCACUCUGGAGAUUAAGAAACUUACACAUACCAUAACGUUCCAUGCUAAAGACCUUACAUUUUUUGAAAAUGGCAUUUUGUUAAAAUACGGCUCAGAAGGAAAACCUCUGACACCAAAAUUGACGACGGAUCUGCAAAAAGACUUUGUGAUACUCACUUUUGACGAAGAACUUGUAACAACAAAAAAUGCAAAAUUAUCUUUACAUUACAAGGGAAAAUUAAAUGAAGAAUUACGUGGAUUCUACAAAAGUUCUUACCAGACUAAAGAAGGAAAAACGAAGUGGCUUGCAACGACUCAGUUUGAACCAGUAAACGCACGACAGGCCUUCCCGUGCUGGGACGAACCACAAUUAAAAGCACACUUUACCAUUACUAUUACAGUCCCUGCAAAUCAGGAUUACAAAGCAAUUUCAAACAUGCUUGGAACAACUACGAAAGAAACAACGAUUUUCAAGAAGACACCAAAAAUGUCCACUUACCUUGUGGCUUUUGUAGUUUCGGAUUUUGCGGCCCUAUCGAACGAGAAAGGUACUUUUAGCGUUUUGGCGAAACCUACGGUAGAUAACAGCUCGAAGUCCUUCGCAUUUGAAUACGGACAGAAAGCGUUGGAGGAACUAAAUAAUUUUACUAACAUCGAUUAUUACGGAACUGAGAUGCAAAUGGACAAGCUGGAUCAAAUUGCAAUACCAGAUUUCGCGGCUGGUGCUAUGGAAAAUUGGGGCCUUGUGACGUACAGAGAACCUCGACUUCUAUACACUGCGGGUAAAACAACCACGGAAGAAAAGCAGGCUCUAGCAACAGUAAUAGCUCACGAAUUCUCUCACCAGUGGUUCGGUAAUUUAAUUACUUGCGAAUGGUGGAAUUAUAUCUGGUUGAAUGAAGGUUUUGCUACUUUCUUCCAAUAUUAUAUUUCUGAUAAGGCUGUUCCAAAACUGAAAGACGCUCAAGAGUCGUGGCGACUUAUGGAACAAUUUGUUAUUAAAAAUGUGCAAGCAUCGUCAUUCGUUGUUGAUGCAAGAAGUAAAUCUCGUGCAUUGAAUCCUAAAACCAAUGUACAGACUCCUACCCAAAUUCGGAGCUUGUUCGACGACAUUGCCUACAAAAAGGGCGCUUCUAUUCUUCAUAUGAUGUACGGUUUCUUAACGGAACCAGUCUUCAAGAAAGGACUUGAAAAAUAUCUACGUGACCACAUGGGCGACUCUGUUAAUUCUGACAAUUUCUUUAAUGAUGUCGAGAACUCCGAUAAGAAAACCGUGGAAGAGUAUUUGCCGAAAAAAUCUACACUUAAAAGUGUUAUGGACAAUUGGGUAAACGAACCUGGAUAUCCUGUUAUCACCGCCACAUGGGACAACACAACAGCUGGUGUACUUAAUAUAACGCAGGAACGAUUUUUCUUAGUGAAAUCAGCGAAAAAGAGUAAAACUCAGUGGUAUAUACCUAUCAAUUAUGUAACAGAACAGUCGCCCAGAGAAAUUAUGCCCGCGGAUAAAAAAGAUCGCUGGAUGAUACCCGAAGAAUCUAAAUCAUUCAACCAAUUGAAUAACUCGAUAUGGAUACUUUUCAACAAGGAUCAAACAGGAUACUAUCGUGUAAAUUAUGACGUUGAAAACUGGCAGCGUUUAGCGACGUAUUUAAACACGAAAGAUUACGUGAAUAUAAGCGCGGUUAACCGUGCCCAAUUGAUCGACGAUGCAUUAAAUCUCGCGCGUGCAGGACACUUGGAGUAUAAGACUGCCUUGCAAGUUACAUUGUAUCUGAACAGGGAGACCGAUUAUAUUCCGUGGUAUGCCGCUGUCAGAGCUUUCAAUUAUUUGGACACUGUAUUACUGGGCGGGAAUAGCUACACAGCAUAUCAUAAAUACGUAGCUAGUAAGAUACAAGCUUUCUCAACGAGUGCCAACUACACUGGUACGGAAGACGGUGACCAUAUAAAUAAACUUUCCAAAGUGUUGGCAUUAAACACGGCUUGUAAAUACGGAUUGAAGGACUGCGUGGAGUUUGUUGAUGAAAAGCUCAAGGAAUGGUUAGAGAAGAAGGAUGAGGAAGUUGAAAAGAACCUCUCACCAGAUCUGAGAAGUGGAAUUAUCUGCGCGGGAUUACGAAAGGCAGAGUAUGAAACAUGGAAUACAACUCUGCAAAAGUACAAAUCUAGCAAAGAUAAAGAUGAACAGGCGGACAUUUUGGCCGGUCUUGGUUGCGCGUCCAAGGAAACUGCCCAGAAAUUCCUCGCGUUAACUCUUGAGGAGAGUCCUGACGUCGAUAUUUUCGCUGCGAUGAACUCGAUAUGUGACGGUAAUGCCGAAACCUUCGACAUCCUCGUGCAAUUCAUUAACGAUAAUAUUGAAAAGGUCCACAAGGCAGAUAAAGAAGAUAACUCGUUGCUCAUUGCCCUCCUGAAUAAACUUUCUAACAGAGUAGUAACAGCAGAGCAAUACAAAGAGUUGUCGCUACUCAUUCACGGACAGCUGCAGGAGACCGAGAAAGUUGAAGGAUUUGUCGUCGCGAUACACAAUCUUGCUUGGAUUAAAACUUAUCGGGGAGAAGUUGAAAAAUGGAUAGUAGAUAAUUGUAAAGCUUGUGAAAACGCCAAACCAGACUCUGCAAGCUCUAUUACUUUGACGUCGUUCAUUCUGAUUGUUUCAUUGUUGUUCACACGAUUCUAUUAUGUCAGCAAAACAGCAACGUUUUGGCAAACCUUAGCAGAAUAUUUGCGCAAUUUAAUUGCUGUGGUGUUACGACGAGCUGCCGCUACGAGGCGUCUCAUAUUCGUAUUCGAAAGAAGAGUUAGUAUGGCGUUUCUCAAAGUAUUAGUAAAUGUCGGCCUAAUAUUCACCGUCAUAACGGCUCUUCCUGUUGACGGAAAUUCAGAAAAUAACUCGAGCGCGACGGUCAAUUACCGUUUACCAGACAACGUUGUGCCGGUGCACUACGACAUCGAAUUAAUACCUUACAUUGAAGAGGAUAAUUUUACCUUCGAUGGUAAAUCUCACAUCAUAAUCGAGGUUCGUCGUGCAACGCGGGACUUAAGUUUGCACGCGUUGGACUUGACGAUAAAUGAAGAAGUGACGUCAGUGGUCAGAAGUGACAUGCUUACCUACGCACCGACCGCUCAUAAUUAUAACAAUGAAACACAAAUCUUAACCUUUCACUUUGAUGACGAGUUACCUCUUGGAAUUUACAGUUUAUAUGUACAAUUCGUCGGUAUUCUAAACGACGAAUUGCAUGGCUUCUUCAGAACAUCAUACAUUAACGAAAACGGAGAUAAAGUGUGGUUGGCCGCAACGCAUUUCGAGGCAACUUGGGCGCGACGGGCGUUUCCAUGUUGGGACGAGCCGGCAUUAAAAGCCACUUUCAAUAUCUCCAUGAAACAUCGUCGAAACUACACAGCUGUGUCAAAUAUGCCGAUACGGGAUCAAUCGAACGACGAAGAUGAUAUGAUAUGGACACACUUUGACACCACUCCCGUCAUGUCCACCUAUCUCGUAGCAUUUGUAGUGUCCGAUUAUGUUCGUGUUCCUAACGCAGAUGAAACGCUCAACAUGUGGUGCAGAGCAGCACUGGCUCCGUAUUCAAAAUUUGCACAGGAGGUCGCUCAAAAGGCUAGAGAAAUAUUGAUAGAAUAUACUAACAGCACCUAUCAAGUCCCGAAAGUGGAUCAUUUAGCAGUUCCGGAGCUGACAGCUGGCGCCAUGGAAAAUUGGGGACUCAUUAUUUAUCGUGAAAAGGACUUUGCAUACAAUGAAGAGAAAGAUUCGCUGAGUCAUAAACAAAAUGUAGCAGUGACAGCAGCACAUGAAAUGGCGCAUCAAUGGUUUGGAAAUUUAGUUAGCCCGUUAUGGUGGUCUCACGUGUGGCUAAACGAAGGAUUUGCAGCAUUUUUCGAAGAACACAUUCUCAAUGAGAUUUUCAAACAAUGGCGAAUAUUGGACCUAUUUCUUGUCACGAUUCAGCACUCAAAUCUUUAUACUGAAAUUGAAGAUGAGAAUGUAAUGCCUAUUACAUUCGAGACCAAUAAACCCAAAGAGAUUCAAUCACUCUUCUCUUCUACCAGUUACAGAAAAUCACCUGCCAUACUGCGCAUGGUACAGCAUACUAUUACCGCUGAAGUAUUUCGAAACGGUAUAAUUAAAUAUAUACACAAACAUCAAUUUGGGUCGGUUACUUCUGACGACUUGUGGAACGCCCUGCAAGCAGCCCUUGAUGAAUCAAAUGUUCCACAUAAUGCUUACAAAUUGAAAGAGGUAAUGGAUCCCUGGAUAAAACAAAAGCAUUAUCCUCUGGUACGCGUGACCCGAAAUUACGAAACUGGCGAAGUAAUACUAACGCAAGAACAUUUCCGUCCAAAAAGCAAAAAUGAGCAUACCGAUAGCAAUAAGUGGUGGAUACCUUUAAAUUUUGCUACGCAAACAAAUCCCGACUUUUCCAAUACUCUGCCCACACAUUGGCUGAGACCACAAGAUAAAAAUAUAAGUAUUGAUGGCAUCGACCCAGAUGAUUGGGUUAUAGUCAAUGUACAACAAAUGGGAUACUAUCGCGUUAAUUACGACGAUACGAACUGGCGAAAAAUUGCGAGUUAUCUCAAUUCUGACAAUUAUACAAAAAUACACGUGCUUAAUCGAGCUCAAAUCAUUGAUGAUGCCUAUUAUCUUAUGAUAACACAGCAUCUCGAUAUUGAGAUGUUUAUGGAUCUCGCAAAUUACCUGUCUCGGGAAACAGAUAUUGUAGGGUUAUAUCCUAUGUUCAGUGUAUUAGAACUCUCAUUGGAUUUUUACGACUUUCCAGAAUCUAAUUAUUUCAAGCAAUAUAUGCUGCGUAUUUUGGAUGAACUUAUCAAAAAUAUAGGAUAUGAAGAAGGUCCGGGCGAGGAUGAUCAUACAAAACUUAAGAGAUAUAAAAUUCUAAAAUGGGCAUGUCAUUUUGGACAUUCGGAAUGCAAAAGAAGGGCCACUGUUAAAUUAAAUGAAUUUCUUGCAGAUCCUGUAACACACAAAGUACCCUUAGACUUAACAAAAUGGAUGUAUUGUAAUGGUAUAAAGGGAGCCAACGUGUCUACUUGGAAUAAAGUAAUGGAUGUAUAUUUAAUAAAUCAAGAUUCAGAUAUAUUAGGAUACUUGGCAUGUUCUGAAAAUCCUGAUAUAAUAAUCAAUUUUAUAAAUACAAGUGUUUCAAAUUACUCCACCGACGAUUACUAUAGCAUUAUUACAAAUAUUGCUGAUAAACAUUCAGAUAACGACGCAGUACUGGACUAUAUGUUAGCAAAUUUAGAAGAAAUAACCCCAAAGAAUAUAUAUAUCGAUAAGUCGGAAAAACUACUAAAUUUUAUUAUCCGGAGCGUGCGUUCUCAUGAACGAUUGGACAAGAUCAAGGAAUUCGUGAAAAGUAAAUACGAAGACACAAAGUCCAAAAAGAUUCAGCACUUGAUAGAAAGCCACAAAUCUGAACUGACGGAUUAUUUUAAUAAGUUUCCAUUCUAUUCCAACCGUGUACAGUAAAACAAACUUAUCGAGAAUUAUUUUGC